AUGUCCCUACGAUCCGGCCCCCUGCAUUACGAGCAUUUCGAUGUCUCCUUCCCGCAUGAACGGGUGGUGCAGGUCACUUUGAACCGACCUGAGAAACUCAAUUCUAUCAAUAAACAGACCAGUUCUGAGAUCGCAAAGAUCUGGGAGCAAUUCGAUCAAGAUCAAAGUCUAUGGGUGGGCAUUAUUACGGGCAAUGGCCGAGCCUUCUGUACUGGUGCAGAUCUAGGAGAAUGGAAUGCGAUGGUCAAAGCAGGAGUUGUCAAUGAUAUGUCUCCCCCUGGACUCGCAGGAUUACCGCGUCGCAGCGGUAAGAAGCCGAUUAUCGCCGCUGUGAACGGUAUCUGCAUGGGCGGCGGUUUCGAGAUGGUAGCGAAUUGCGAUCUAGUCAUCGCAUCUGCAUCCGCCAUUUUCUCCCUUCCAGAAGUCAAGCGAGGUAUCGUGCCCGUUGCAGGAUGUCUACCACGACUCACCCGGACAAUGGGACUCCAACGGACCAUGGAUCUCGUGUUAACGGGGCGGACGGUGCCGGCCAGCUUACUCUACGACUGGGGUCUAAUCACCCGGGUGGUGGAAGCAGAAAAAGACGUUGCGCAAGCUGCAGUAGAGCUCGCCGAAGAGAUGUGCAAGAAUAGUCCUGAUGCGCUCAUUGUGGGCCGGAUGGGAGUUCGGUUGAGUUGGGAGGCCGGUAGCGCGGAGGAGGCAGUGACGACUCUGGCGGAUCAAUGGUAUCCCCACCUGUACAGUGGUGCCAACUUUGCCGAAGGAAUCCGAGCGUUUGUGGAGAAACGUUCACCAAAUUGGAUCAAUUCCAAGCUGUGA